GUAUGUAAAUGCAGUACUCCUGACUACAGCCAAUAUGCAAAUUUAAAAGAUUGGCUUAAAAUUGGCAUACCGACGAUGCGGGUAGCACGUGAGCUGCACAACACAUUUGGCGCUCUCGUUUAUACCAUUCAACUAAUCAACCUGCUCACAGUCCACUUUGAUAUUUGCAUACCGGGACAGAUAUCUUUUCAAGAAUUCUCGCUAUGCAGGAAAUGGCUAGAGGGCUUGUUUGAUACGGAUAUUUUCAAGCUCAAUCACGCGGUUGUGCUGCUGUGCUUAAGCCUGGGCAUUGAGCCGAGCCAUAUCGACUCGCGUCGUCCACUGGCAAAUCUCUUGCUUCUCAGUCAGCAUGACUAA